AUCAGAGACGCAUCACGAGACACCUUGAUUUCUGAUUUUCUCUCCGUUCAACCGUUUUCCAUCCCAUCCACAUCGUGCCAUAUCACUUCUUGGAUCAGGCACGGUCACGCAGCCUCCCUUCUACUUCCGUUUGCGUCACUUCACUAUCUUCUCACUCUGACCAGAACUUCCCAAUCAUCCGGCUGUUUCCUAUCAUCAUUCACGCCCCUCCACUCCGUGAGUGAGUCACUCAAAUCCCCCUGCCAAACCACUUCGGUUCUACUUAAGGCCGUUCCUUCCCCAGACCGCAUUUCAAUCACGCACAUGCCUGGAAUUCGUAUGUCCUUUCUUCCUUCCAUCUUCUUCCACCCGUUUCUUCCCUAUCAACGAGAAGAAACCUCUCAAUCCUCUACUUAGGUAGUCACACAGCCACAUCCACAUCUCCUGUGCGACUCAUCCUUCUCUCCAAGAACCUACUCUAACAAACCCUUACACAUCAAGCCCCAGACGCAAUGGACAAACUCAAGGCUUUCUUGAAAAAGAAGAAGGAGAAGUUCCUCUCACCUACAAAGACUGAGACGAAUGGCACUACACCAAAGCCCACACCAACCGAGACUGCUCCAACGACUGAACCAGCCGCUGCACCAGCAGUCGCCCCUCCAGAGGACAAGGUCGCUGACCCAGCCCCUGUGCCGGCACCAGCCACUGAACCCACAAAGUAGUUCAUGGCCUCUUCCCUACCACCGUCACCGGUAUCCUCAUCAUCAUCAACGACAUGGAGCUCACCAAUCUCGGCGACGAAUCUUCCACUCCAACUCUGGUUGCGCGACCAUCGUCCAGCGUCUAAUCACACUUAUACCCCUUUGGCGCCUGGCAGCGGAUUGUUUCAGCACGAUACCCAUCCUGUUUUUAGCAGCACAUCAUGCGAUAAUCAAUGAUUGGCCUACCCACAAUCACAGUCACCUUCCUUCUACAGCCAUAUGAUACCCACUGCGCACUUUCAGUACCAGACAUUAACGUGGCAUCACGUAUGCCACUCUCUCAAGCGAUACCCAACGUCGACGCCAGACGCCCCAGAUAGUCAGCGCUCUUCUUUCGAUAGCAUCACAAAUGCAAUUGAUCACAACCCUCAAGAA